CUAUGAUGGAUUUAACAGACUACUAUAUUAUAGUAGUUUACUAUAUUUAUGACUAAUAUAUUAUAGUAGUCUGUUAAAUCGAUCAUAUGUAGCUAGAUAUAUCAUUGAGUGGAUGCAUCUCCCUUCCUCCCAUGAUCUCUGUCCUUUUAAAGUCAAAGAGAAAAGGAAUAUUUCACCCAAAAGAUUACCUAAAUCUUAUCAGUGUCAUUAAGAUUCUACGUGGUUGUCUUGGGUAUAACAGAGGUGUGGGUUAUUGUGGAAGUUGAGUCUUGAAUAUCAAACAAAAGCUUCAGUCAUGGAAAUUCAGUUAGCAAGUGAGCUGCCUCGAGUGAAGGCGAUGGUUGGUGUCCAAGGAUCAGCAAGACCUCGGCUAGUUACUCCUGGAGAAAUCAUAUCCCAAGACACAAGCUUUAUGAGAGGUCAUGGAACAUAUAUGGAAGAAGGUGUUCAGGUGGCAUCAGUUGCAGGUUAUGUGACAAGAGUGAAUCGGCUCAUAACUGUGACUCCUUUACGACAAGUAUAUCAGGGAGCAGUUGGUGACACAAUAGUUGGACGCAUUACACAAGUUCAGAACAUCAGGUGGAAAGUUGAUGUCAAUUCUAGAUUGGAUGCAGAGCUCAGACUGUCAAAUAUUCAGCUACCAGGAGGAGAGCAGCGUCGUAGUAGUUUAGAAGAUGAACGUGGAAUGAGAGGACUGUUAAGAGAAGGUGAUUUGGUGUGUGUGGAAGUUCAGAAGAUAAGUGAUGAUGGACUGCUGAGACUUACUGCACGGUCCAAUAAGUUUGGAAAGCUUUCCCAAGGAACCCUGUUAGCUGUUUCACCGUCACUCAUCGUACAGGACAAACAGAGGAUGCAUGACCUGCCAUGUGGUGCCCGAGUUGUGUUUGGAGCAAAUGGAUAUGUUUACAUAACACCAACAGUUCCCCAAGAGCAAACCUCAACAUACACAGUGAACUUUGAAGAGGUGACAGUUGACGUUCGAAAAACAAUUGGGCGUUUACGUAACUGUAUUAAACUUCUGGCAUAUCAUUCCAUUAUGAUUUCACCAACAAGUGUGAUGACUGCAUUUGAUCUGUCCACAGAACAAGAAUAUGAGGUUAAAGACUUGUUAAAGCCUGAUAUAAUGCAGGAUGUAGCUAUGGCAACAGUACAACUGAUGAAUGAAUAGGAACAUUGAAAUAAUUUUUACAUCUCUCAGCAGAAAUAGACAACUUUUUGGUUUAUAUGAUUAAUAAAACCUGUAGAAUACCUUGCUGUAUGGGGCACUUGUUAGAAAGGAAAUGGCAUAGAAAAUAACUUGCAUCUGACAUCCAGUUGUCAUUAAUAAAGUACUGUAGAUCAUUUUACUGCUGUGUAAGCCAUCAGAGGGAUCUUCGAUAUUCAGCCACAUUGAACUCUUGUGGCCAUGAGGUCAUCUUGUUGUUGAGUACAAUAAUUCAGUUAUAGAAUGACAUUGUUCUUGAAAAUAAUGCAACCAAUGUAAAAACAGCUACUGCUCAAUCAGUUACAUCCAGAGCCCAAUAAAAAUAUUAUGCA